AUGAUAAAUUAAACAAAAACAUAACUUUUUGAAGUAUUUAAAAAAUUUGAUAAAGAUGGCAAUGGUUAUGUAGAAUCUAAUGAAUUAAUUGAGAUUAGUAGAUAAAUGAAUGAAGAAAUUACUCAGGAAGAUGUUGAUAGAGUAUAUAUGAAUAUUCAAUUUAUUAGUUAAUGAAAGUAGUUGACACAAAUGGAGAUGCUAAAAUAUCAUUUGAAGAAUUUUGGGAUUGGUGGUAAUUUGGAAAGAAUGAUAAAUUAGAAAAAUUAGUUUUUAUGAAAUUGAAAUUAAUGAAUAUGCUAAAAUCUAUUAAUUCUGAAUUUACAAGAUUUGGUGUAUCACUUGAAUAGAAAUAUGAUCCUAAAUUAGAUCGUCAUUAUUGGGCAAUAAAUUAUGGAGAUUUCUAAUCUCAUUUUAAAUUUGACAUCAAAUUCAGAUAUAAAGGAUCAGGAGUUCAAGAGGAUAUUUAAUAAGAAGUUGGUUUUCAAUAAUCCUAAUCAUUAUAAAUUGUCUUUAUUUUUAGAUCAAUGAAACCACCUUUAGCAAGAGAAAAACUGGAAUAAUUGUGGAAUGAAUAUAAAUAAAAAUUAAAAGAAAAGUAAGAUUAAAUUCUACUACCAAUAAUAGAAAAUUCAUUAAAUAUUUAAUUUUAAGAUAGGAAAGAUUCAGUUGCUAUUGCAAUUAAUGUAAGUCAUCCAUUAAUUGAUAUGACAUUUCAAUCAGGAUAUUUACCAUAUUGUGAAAAAUUAGGCUAAGAUGUUGAAAUAUUUGCAAAAUAUCUAUUUGGGAUUAAGAAUGGAAUUACUAAAUUAAUGAGAAAGGACUAAAUAUUUAUUAAAUUUUUAUUAGAAGGAUUUAUUAUGGAAUUUAAAUCUGAUUUUAAUAGUGAUUUAAGCAAAAAAUUAGCUGGUGUUAUUUUAGCUAGUCUAGGAUAAUAAUUUGCUCAAAAAAUUGCUCAAUAAAAAGGAAGGAAAUUUUAAAAAGAAUUUUUAUGGCCUAUGUUAUUUAAGAGUUCCAAAUUUCAUUUAUAGUUUAAAAAUAUGGAAGAUGUAAACUAAUUCUUGAAAGCUAUGGGAUUAGAAGAAUUAGCUGAGGAUCAACCAACAGCAAGAUAAUUAAUAGAUGAAAUUAAAGCAGAUUAUCAAUUUUAAUCAAUUAAAAAUCCAUAAUCAGAUUUUCAUUUUAUUUACAGAGUAUUUCUAUUUCAUAAAGAUAGUUAUUUUUAAUUUUAGCAGAACAUUUUAUAGCUUAAGGAACUAUCAAUAUAAAUAUUCCUUUUGCUUAUUUAAAUAUUGCAUUUAAUUUGGAAGGUUUAAAAGAAGUAUUUGAUGCAGUAUUUGAUCAUGACAAGUAAAAAUAAUAGAAGGCAAAUUGA